GUUUAUUAAAAGUACUUAAUGUUGUCUUAUAUAUCGCAUUGUUACGUCAUCAUCAACCUUGUUAUAUACGUUUCCAGUGAAGGCUCUUUCCAAUUGAAGUUGUUGGAUCUAGUUAAUAGAAACGGUGUAACUGGAGCCGGUGUUUGUUGUUCGAACGACUUGUUUCCUAAUUGCCGACAACAAUGCAGAAGCUCAAUCCGCGUGUGUUUAAAGCACUACCAAGCUAUUGUAGAGCCAGAAGCCCCUUGUACGUUUGGUAAUUACUCAACCCCAGCGAUUGGUGGCAACUCGUUCGUCCCUGAUAAUACAUCUUAUGUACGACGUCACCCGAUACGGUUCGAUUUCAAUUUUCGAUGGCCGGGCUCGUUUUCGAUGAUCGUGGACAUCUUACACGAGGAUAGACGACACACAGAGCCACCUCGUACAAUAACACGCAUGAUCGUCAGCAACGGCAACCUAUUAACCCAAGCACACAACGAUGAUACAUGGCAUACGCCCCCGCCGUAUAUUAGCCAUGGAGUGGAACUGCGCUACGCUUAUAGAGUUAAAUGCAAGGUGCAUUUAUAUGGUAGUGACUGCGCAACGCAUUGUCACCCAAGGAAUGACGUGUUUGGGCAUUUUACUUGUGAUAUGCAUGGAAACAAAGUCUGUAUGCCUGGGUGGAUGGAUACUGGGGGAACGAAGUAUUGCACUACACCAAUAUGUUUGAACGGUUGCAACACACAGCGAGGAUAUUGUCAAGCACCAAACCAAUGCAUAUGCAAAGUUGGUUGGAGAGGGAAGUUAUGCAACGAGUGUUCGACGACCCCAGGUUGCAUGCAUGGAACUUGUGAGAGACCAUUCCAAUGUAAUUGUAGACGGGGGUGGGGGGGAUUGUAUUGUAAUCAAGAUUUAAACUACUGUACAAACCACCACCCCUGUCUUAAUGGGGGGUUGUGUACAAAUAGUGGCGAGGGAAGUUAUACAUGUACAUGUCAAGUUGGUUAUAUUGGCCGUAUGUGCCAAUACAGGAUCAGCAUGUGUUCGUCCAAUCCAUGUAAUAAUGGGGGAGAAUGUGUGGAUACCAAUGAGGGGUACAAGUGUUUAUGUCGCAAUGGUUUUUAUGGCGUGCAUUGUGAUGUCACACAUGUCACUUGUCGUAACUCCCCAUGUCAUAAUGGUGGGUUAUGUAUCCAACAACAUGACCAUUAUGAAUGCCAAUGUACAAACCAGUGGUCCGGCUUCAACUGCGAAAUAAGUUUGAACCCUUGUAAUUCUAACCCAUGUUUAAACGGUGGUACUUGCAUGAUACACAACACUGGUUUCAAAUGUAAAUGUCCCAUUGGUUAUAUUGGUGAUGAUUGUGGUGUUGAUAUAUGCAGCAACAACCCAUGUUUGCAUGGUGGUACUUGUGUAGCUCUGAAGUACGGCACGCGUUGUAAAUGUACAAGCGGGUACAUUGGCAAGAUAUGUGGGGAUAUACGAGGGUGUUUACCAACUCUAUGUCAGAAUGGUGGAGGUUGUCCUACUACUCUAACAGGCCCUCAACAUAGUUGCAUAUGUGGGUUCGCAUUCACACUCAAUUCUUGCGAGACGGUUGAAAAAAAUUGCGGAAUUAAUUUCUGUAAUAAAGAAGAUUGCCGAGAUUCUUCAGGGCGUUGCGAGUGUUUGAAAAACUUCAAUUGCUCUGUAUAUUUCCACCAACCAACCCCAACCAUGAAACCACAACCACCCAGCAAGCUCAUCAUAUUAAACCAACCAAACACAUCACAAUUCAAUACAACGCACUGGAUUGCGAUUUCCUUCUGCGUUGGAACCAUAGUAUUAAUACUGAUCCUUACAUGGGCGUGCAUUCUAUACAACCGAACCAACCGAAACAGAUCAACCAAACCUGACACCUCUACGCCAACUGACACAACACCCACAACACAAGAAGUAGACACACCUCCUACUCUGGCUACAAAAGUUGAAGUUAACUUUACAGAUGAGGUCAACCACCUGCUUGAACCAGAGGCAAGGGUGGAGUUACCGUGUUCAAAUUGUUCACAUCAUAAAAACCAAACAACAUCGACAACAAAAAUGGGCGACCCCCCAACCCACGAAGGUGCUCGGUGCCCGACGUAUGAGGAGGCGUGCGAGGAUUCACCGUGUUUGCCAUGAGGUGAUUAAAGGCAAACCAAGAAAUUUCUACUUUUGCACACGAGAAUGCGCCAAAAGUCAUUGGGACUUUACCGGCCAAAUAUUACUUUGUUGUUUAAAGUAACAAGCGUGGUAGCUUUCAUAUUUUUGUAUAAAAGUCAGACAAUCGUAAUUUUUUGCCAGAAUUAUUGCAGUUAAUGUUAUAAAUACAAUCGUGAAUAAUUGUUUAAA